AUGUCCGGUCUCACAGAAUGGCGCAUUGAGCUUAUAUCGCCUGACGAAGAAGGCUCUCGCUUCUACUUGGACUAUUAUAAGCCCUUCAGGCUGGCUGCGUUGGAACAAGAUCCUGACGUCUUCGGCUCGACUUACAAUAGAGAAAUCAACUUUAGUAAUGUCGACUGGCUCAGCCGCAUUAAUAACCCUCUUGUAAAGACCUUCGUGGCCGUGCGCCUGCAUGAUAGAAAGGUUCUAUCCGCUACGUCAUUAAUUGGACCAAUGCCGAACCCAGACCCGGCUAGCAAUCCGUUCCAAGUCAGUUCCGAAAUGAGAGAUGGUAGCGAUCAUCAUUGCCAGAAUCACGGUGAGGCCUCAUCUGUAUAUUUCCAGAUCAGCGGCGUUUAUACGCUGCCAGAGGCUCGACGCCAAGGUCUCGCCAAAAUCCUAGCCGAGACUGCAAUAGAAGAGGCGCUCGCUUAUUCUAAGCAGCAUGGCAAACGCCUCGAGCUGAGCCUCGUCGUGUAUACGUCAAACGGCGAUGCGAUAUCAUUCUACGAAAGCUGCGGCUUCGUAACCAGCGCAGAAGGGGCGAGGAAAUCUUUCAACCCUCACAAGAACGCUUCUGCCGACGAAAUUUGUAUGCAUUACCAGAAAUCCCCUGAAUGA